GUAAUAACCAUGACAUUCUUUCUAUAUAUACAAAGUUAAUGAAGUCCGCAAAGCACUAUUUGAAAUAAUAAAAUGGGAAGUGGUGGUGGUAUUCCGGCAGCACACUUGCUCAGUUCAUCGGCUGCUAAACCCAUUCCUCGUAUAGGCUUUGGCACCGCCGAGUUCCCCUUUUCCGCAUCCGAUGUGAAACAGUCAGUUCUCCAAGCCAUAGAAUCCGGCUACCGGCACUUCGACACGGCCGCCUUAUAUCUGUCGGAGAAGCCCCUCGGCGAUGCCGUCGUGGAAGCGUUGCGCCUCGGACUCAUUCAGUCGCGCGACGACCUCUUCAUCACUUCUAAGCUUUGGUGCACGGAUGCUCAUUGCGAUCGCGUCCUCCCCGCUCUUCGCAAAACUCUCCAAAAUCUUGGAAUGGAGUACGUUGAUCUGUAUCUCAUUCAUUGGCCUGUGAGCCUAAAGCCGGGAGAACAGGAGUUGCCUGUGAAGAAAGAGGAUCUGCUUCCCAUGGAUUUGAGGUCAGUUUGGGCGGCGAUGGAGGAAUGUCAGGAGCUUGGCAUCGCGAAAUCGAUCGGAGUGAGCAAUUUCACAUGCAAGAAGCUACAGGAGUUGCUUUCCGUUGCCAGGAUUCCUCCGGCAGUUAAUCAGGUGGAAAUGAACCCUGUUUGGCAGCAGAAGAAGCUGCGGGAGUACUGUGGGGAUAAGGGUAUCCACAUCACGGCUUACUCGCCGCUGGGUGCCAAAGGGACGCCUUGGGGGAGUAGCCAAGUCAUGGACUGCCAGGUGUUGACAGAAAUUGCCGAGAACAAGGGAAAGACGUUUGCCCAGAUCUGUUUGAGGUGGAUUCAUGAGCAAGGGGUAAGCGUUCUCAUCAAGAGUUUUAAUAAGGAAAGAAUGAAAGAGAACCUGCAGAUAUUUGACUGGAGGCUGAGCCCAGAAGAGUUGGAGAAGAUAAGUCAAAUUCCACAGCGUAGAGGCGGGUCUUUGGGUUCGGCGUUUAUAUCAGAAGAAGGCCCUUACAAGUCUCUCAUGGAGCUUUGGGACGGAGAGCUCUAGUGAGCAACUAUGUUUUUGAAUGGCAUUUGCUCUUUUAUGGUUUCCCUUUAUGGAAAUGGUGAACAAAACAACCUGGAACUUGGAAGCUACUCUUUAUCCCCCCAUAUAUAUUGCAUGCUUUCUAUUUAGCUA